AUGAUCAAGCUCACUACCAUUGCCACCAUCUUCGCCUUCUUCGGCGCCCCCUGUACACUGGCUCAGACAGACGCUACCAACGUAGCUGUACGAGUCACCUUUGGGCCUGGUGUAGAUUACCAACAGGGCUUUGCACCUUUUAUAAGGGAUGACGUGGGGGACAAGGCAUCUUGGGCUUUCGAAGAAGCAGAUUUGGGCAAAACUACUGGUAAAUUCUUUUUCUUACCUAAAAAGAAGAAUGAUGAGGGGAAUUUUGUGGAUUUAUACAAUGCUACAUGUUACGCUCAGGGAUUGAAACUGUCCUACGAUACUCCCACUUUCAACUUUAUCGAUCACGAACCUUGGCUGGAAGGUAAGAGAUCUGAUAAAGGCAAAGUGUGGUGUCCUAAAGAUGAAGCCCAUGCGAAAGACGGUUGGAAAGAAGGUGAUGCUUUUCCCGAUAUUAGCUCGGAGAGUCUACCCGCAGAGUAG